AUGCGGUGCUUCACGACCAAUUGGGACAAGCGUGGGUUCCUGCCCGACGAAGCCCGGCAUGAGGAACACUUGGUGGCGAUUGAGCGGAGGAUGUGGUUUGUUGAGGUCGGUUCUGAUCUUCGUAAGAACAGUGCUUCUUUGACCAGUUCCUCUUCGGCGGUGCUGCCACUGCCAGCUUCCGAUGAGAUGUUGCAGGUCCUCGCGGAGGAGUUGAAUGACUUGAAGCAACGACGGGCCGUGAUGCGCGCGGCCAACCGUGCAUUGGCAAAGCAGGAGAAGAAUAUGAAAAAACGACGUGGUGGAGCUGCAGUGGUCGCAGCUGGUGGUGGAGAUGGCGCGGAAAGUCUUCUGUGUGAAAAGAUCCCCGGAAUUGUGGCUGUCUAUGCGCGUGUCACUCUCGGAGGUGGUGGAGCUGCGGUGGUAGCAGCUGGUGGUGGAGAUGGCGCGGAAAGUCUUUUGCGUGAAAAGAUCCCCGGAAUUGUGGCUGUUUAUGCGCGUGUCACUUUCACAGGUCAUGGUGCUCCCCCUCCAAAUCUGCCAGCUGGCGCUGCAGCUGGCGUUGCAGGGGAAGGUCUAGACUGUUUGUUUGCUUUCUGCGUGUGUGGAGCUCUUGGCAGACCAGGUGCGAAUGAUGUGGAGGAGGCUGAUGCCAUUUCAUCUGAGAGUGAUCGCGGCGAAGGCGCGCGGGUGGAUGUGGUUUUGAGUGUGUUGCUCAUGGCCGAAGUUUGCUCUAAAUCAGUUCUCAUUGGAGGCGGUGCUGCUGAUGGUGAUGGUGAGGAAGACUAG